AUGACUUUGGGCAAACUUAUAAACCUUCAAAUAUUCUUGAUAGGAUUAGGACUAUUCUUCCAGUUGAUUGCCGGUGCUAAGUCUGAAACUUCGGCCACUCUAGUUUCUCAGCCCGCUUAUGGAACUCCACCAGGGCUACACCACCUGGUUGCCCUAGAUUUUGCCUGGGCCACUGAGCUAAACAAUCUCCUUGAUAUAAACACGCAAGUCGAAGUUCUUGACGAUCACGAGCAGGAAAAGAACUACUACGCUCGAGUUAAGGCCCAUUACGAAACUUUCCCAGGUUAUUCCAGUGACAACCCAGUAACUCGCUCCAGCCUUUUCUGUGCCGAGUUCAAAGUCCGUACAUUCUACGACUUUCUCUUCCCUAGCCUGAGCAUGUACAUAUCCCACACUACAGAUGCAGCCAUGUUAAUGUACGAACUCUUUAGCCCCAAUUACGUUUCAAGCUCACGUGCGCCAAAAAAGCUAACCAUCUACCAAAUCCUAAACAUUGCUAUGCUCUUUGUCGGUUUUGAAAAUGGUCAGAACAUCGAUCGGCUCUCCCAACCAGCUGGACCAUACAAGAUAUUCAUUGAAAACUUCACUCUAUUAAUCAGCAACUCCUUAAAAAACACGGGCCAGCAUAAAUACUUCGCCAAUCUCCUUCUAGUCCUCCAAACCGAUGGCCAAGCCAAUGUUGAACCUACUUCCAAGAAACACAUACCUUCUAACUCCCAAAUCAAAGCCACUCGAAGCAAAUUAUUCAAAGAUCUAGCUAUCCAUACUCUAAUCAGCAACUCAAAAUGCCGAUCAGCCUUCCAAAAAAGCCGUCUUCUUUCUUACCUUCAUCCCUUCAACAUCGACCUCUACUUAGCUGGAAUAACGUACAACUACAUCCCACCCGCCAACAAAAAACCCCAUGGCAUAAUUAACAUUAACCGCCGGCCACCCCGCCAUUCCAACGAGAAACCCACUCCAGACAACUUCAACUGCCCAACCUACGGCAUCUCUAACCCCAACCCUCUCUCAUUCGAAAGUGCCAUCAAUAUUCUAAGGUACUACCACGGCCAAGAAACCCGGCCCACCCUUUUAUUCAUCUCCAGCGAGCCAAUAAUCACCCAAACAUUCACGUCCACCCUCUAUAAUCACAUCUUCCGGGCCAGCUGGGAACUCACCGGCGCCGGUUUCCUCGGCCACUCAUACAAUUAA